UUGCGGUUUCGUUAAACCGCGUCGGGACUCUCUUCGGAAAUAUAGAACACGAUAAACGUUAUCGUUGUUGUUUCGCCGGAUUCGGUGUUAACAGUGCCUCCGAAAACACGUAACGAGCAGUUGGCUUCGUGGCGAGAUUUUUCAUUCACCAUCCCCUGAAAACUCGAGUAGCUUUUGUUUUGGAUACUUGCGAGCCUCGCGUAACGCGCGAGGUUCGGUGAUCGAAUAAAAGAGACGAUAAAAUCGAAAAUGGAGACCAUGGAUGAGAAAGAAACACCUACCAAACUCGACGCGGUCGAGGAAGUGGUGGUGAAGGAUUCCGUGCUGUCUGUUGACACCACGGACAAAAGAUCGCAACAAUAUAAACAAAACACUUAUGCAGCGAAGAAAACCGUGGCGCAAGGUAUGAUGGAUGUAGCUCUAAUCACCGCAAACGCGAACCAAUUGCGAUAUCUAAUCGAGUACCAACGGAAUAGCCCCACUUUCUUCAUAAUUUUAAGCUUAAUUAUCAUCAGCCUGUUGCUUCAGAUCGCUGUGGGCGUCAGUUUAAUAUUCAAGGGUCGUUUCGACAUAAAAGGACAGUCCAAGUCUGCGACCGCGAGGAAGAUCAACAAUUACGUCGUAGUCGGAGUUUUUCUCAUAACAAUUAUAAACGUUUUUAUAGCCGCGUUCAGUAUAUCCGUUCCAUCCACAGCGGUAGAGGUUGUUUCAAGAUCAGAUUAGAAUAGACAAGAGAGAUCAGAAUAACCUAUGAAUAAUCUUUUGUAUUGUCUUUCUAACGAUCCGAGCUCUCUUUUCGUAGAAUUAUAUUUUUUUUAUUUCGUCUGGAACGAAAACGAUAAGAUAUGCGAAACUGUCCGUAUUGGGUAGAUCUAUGUUUUUUAAAUGUACGAGAUUGUAACACAAGUAGCAGUAAAUUAUCUAUUUAUAUUUUUAUAUAUAUAUAUAUAUAUUUCUAUUUCUAUUCUAUUUUGUAUUAAAAUGUAAUUCUAUUUUCUAUAUACAGAUAUGUUUUGUGCAAUGUCAGUCGAAUGAGAAUACAAAUAAUAAAGAAAUAAAUUAUUUAUGCGAUCAGUA